AGGUAUAUAAGUCAAGUAGGUAUGGCCAGUUCGUUGUCUAACAUAUUUGAGAGAAACAUGAGGGCUUUAGUGUUGGUAGGUUUUGCGCUGGUGGCGUCGGCGUCUGCCUUGGUGGACGUGAACGUAGGAUACCAUGAGGCGGUCGGCAUCCCCACCGCGGAGAAGAUCAGACUCGCGGAGGAAGAGAUGAUGAGCGCCAAGGAAGAGAGAGUUGUAGGUGGGGCGUUGGCUCCCACUAAUUCUCAUCCUUAUUUCGCUGGUCUGCUGAUCUCUCUCCUUGGUGUCACCGGUAACUCAGUAUGCGGCUCUACCCUGCUGUCUCAAAACCGACUGGUGACCGCAGCUCACUGCUGGACCGACGGCCGCAACCAGGCCACACAGUUCCUCGUCAUCCUCGGCUCCAAGCUCCUCUUCUUCGGCGGAACCCGCAUCCCCACCUCGAACGUCAUCAUGCACCCCCAGUAUCUCCCCGCCAACCUCAACAACGACAUCGCUAUGAUCUACCUGCCCUACAACAUUUUCUUCACUGGCAGUAUUCAGCCCAUCAGCCUCCCUAACUCGUCGGAGCUGUGGGACAGCUUUGUCGGCAACUGGGCUGUAGCUGCCGGUUUUGGCAGGACUAGCGACGCUCAAGCCGGUGCUUCGACGGAAGUGAGCCACGUGACCCUGCAGGUGAUCAGCGUGGCUCAGUGCCAGGCCGUGUUCGGCAACAACUUCGUGGUCCAGAGCACCAUCUGCACCAACGGCGCCGGCGGCGUCGGCAUCUGCGGCGGAGACUCCGGCGGACCUCUCGUACUCAACCGCGGCGGACGCACUGUUCUUAUCGGUGUCAGUUCCUUCGUGGCCGGCGCGGGCUGCCAGCUCGGCUUCCCCUCCGCCUUCGCUCGUGUCACCAGCUUCAACAACUUCAUCCACCAGCACAUGUAAACUAUAUCAGGACCUAUUUCUCUUUUUCUUUUUUUUGUAUAUUUUUUUGGUGCCCUUGAUCUAUCAAAGUGAAUAGUUCAACUGUUAUCUGUAUAUGCUUUAGAAUCUUUCACGAAUUUUUGUUCGUCUUUUGAUCAGACUUGUCAAAGUGCAACUUUUUUAUGAUUAUAAGAGUGUAUGUGUAAUAGUAAUAAAAAAAACUCAUGACAUCA